GUAAUUGGUAAUAUGAGGAGCCUCGCCGCUGUUUUCCGGUGAUUACGAGCAUUUGUUCGUGUGUCGUUCUGGUUGAUUGAGGAACCUUCACGAUCUCUCUAAGCACCUGCUACAGCUAGUUGAUCGCCAGACUUCUCGGUGGGUUCUCUAUGAAGUCUCUGUCGCCGGUACUUACUGCCCGCCCCUAAGUCAGCUUGAAGAGCGACUGGCCGUAUUGGAAAGUGUAAGCGCGCGCACAGCAUCAUGGAGCUGACGGCAAGGGAGUAGCCUGGGGAAAAGUCUAUGAAAGGAGAAAGCACGCAUGAGAGAAACGACUGCAGUAUAACGCAGGCUGCAACCCUCAUUCUCCCUUCACACGAUUUUACGGCGCGAUUCCACCACAGACGGUGAUAUGAGAACUUGACGACUGUGUUGGUUGUGUGAGGGAUAAUUGAGCGUCCCAAGGGAGUACGUCAGAAGGCGUCGGCGUCGCUUGUAUGUCAAAAUCAGCAGCAGGAGGUAUCGAUAAUCGAGGCUUCAUACGAGGUUUACCGUUUAAGGACAAAAUGAAUAACACUAACAGUAGCGGUAAGGAACUGUUGGUGCUUGAGUCAUUGAGUCACGAAAGCGCAGUAUGGGUGAUAGCACAAGUCGUAUUGUGGGGAUGUAUAUUUGUCAUUUCAUCGCUGGGAAAUUCGCUUGUUCUGCUGUGUAUCGUCAAAAGCAAUAGGCUUCACUCGUCGAUUUACGCAUUCUAUGGCAGUCUAGCGGCCUCGGAUUGCAUAGCAGGUAUGCUCUGUUGUCCCUUGUUGCUAGUGACUGCUUUGCACCAGCUAUGGAUUAUGGGUAAAGUCAUGUGUCACGUGUACUCCACCCUCUUAUCCACGUCACUCAACGCUUCUAUAGCAACGCUCUGUCUCAUUAGCAUGGACCGCCUGAACGCUGUCCGCAAGCCUUUCGAGUAUCGCGGGCACAACACCUUUACCCAAAGAUGGUGCAAAUGGUUGCUGGUCCUCUCGUGGGUACACUCUAUAUUUUGGGCCGCGGCGCCCCUUGGGGGCUGGGGCGAGAUCAUAACAGACUCUGCAACCUACACAUGCAAGCCUAACUGGUCAGCGGCCUCAAUAGUAAACAGGUCAUACUCGCUCUGUCUCGCGCUUUUCCCGUUCGCUUUUCCUGUGUUCUUGAUGGUUGCAAUCUACUGCGUGAUAUACAGGCAUACCAAGAAGUGCUCGAAUCUGAUGUCUGGUCUCGAAGAUGGCAGGAACCUUGUAGCAGAACAGGAAAGGCAAAUGAGGGAAAGAAGGCUUUUUCGGACGGUUCUUAUCAUCAUUGGUGCUUUCGCAGCCUGCUGGGCAAUCUACACACUUGCGACGACAUGUAAAUUAUUCAUAGGUCAGACUCCUCCCACAUGGCUCGUGCAGCUCGGCUUGAUAUGCGCCAUCGCCGGAAGCUGCGUCAAUCCGGUCAUAUACACUAUACGAGAUGCCACGUUCGCGCGGGAACUGGGGCGACUGCACCCGUGUUUGGCCUGGUUACUAAAGCAAAGUUUUUCCAAGGACUCAGGAUCACGUGAGCAGGUUUACACGGUCACGUGUGCAACUCGUGCUAGCAUUAGUAGGGAAUUGUUAGAUGUAAGUCGCAAGAAUAGCAGGGAGACGUUAAGUUUGAUGCUGAUUGACUCCGUGCGUGAGGAUAGGGGUUGUGACUCUAAAUCACGUAAUAGUAUGGCGCGUGAUGAUAAAGCGCGUGACGAAUUACCGCGUGAUAAUAAAGCGCGUGACGAAUUGUCGCAUGAUAUGACAUGUGUUGAUGAACGUGAUUGCAGGCUUUCUUUAAGGUCGGACUUGACUAGAGAUAUGUACCUACAGAUGAGAGAGACAAAUUUAUGAGUUAAAUUGUCCUUACAGUGUGUAACCCAUUCAUUCGCCUUAUUGUGGUUUAUAAGGGCAGGGACGGGAGGUAGAACGGGCCCCAUUAGGGGCCAUGAUGGACAGGGGCAAAAAGUGGGGGCCCAGGGAGGGAAGUGAAUAUUGACCCUAUUGUUGGCCCCGAAGAGUGUUCACAUUUUGUAUCAGGUAUUUCAUUAUUUAGCUUAACGGAUCAAAUCAAUACAUUAGAAAAAGAUUGAGUGAAAAGGAGCAGCAAACAUGGCGGAGUUCAUUGCAGAACAUUAGAAAAGAAGCGAAACAGGAAAUAAACUAAGAACCCUGGGAGAGUGAGUCUCUGCAUGAUUUUUAGCAUUACAGACGAUACUAGCGUACCCCAUCAUAUGCUGCCUGGAAUAAAAAAUGUUUUUUUAUUUUUUUACUUUUGCUCCCAGAAGUAAAAGGCAAGCAAGCAUUUUUGGUGUACCCGGGUUAAAACGGCGAGUCUGUGGUACUUCACUUCAUUCCUUUCGAAUUUUUUAUUGCCCUUAGGGUGUUCCUUUAAGUUAUUAUCAAUGUUAUAUUAGUAAACAUAUCUAUAUUUAAUUUAAGUAGAAUUACUUAUUCUGUAUUGAAUAAGUAGAAAUAAUAAGUAGAUAUCUGAGAAUGGAUAGGCAAAGAGAAGCGAUUGUGUGAGCAAGGAAUUGAACUUAAACUGAAAAACGGAGAACAGGGGUGGGCAAAGGGGGGCGAGAGUGAGCAAGGGAUAUGGGCUUUACCGAGAAAGAUAUGGGAGGGCCAAGCAAAAGGAGAGCAAGGAAUAUGGACUUGACCGAAAAACUGAGAAUAGGGGUUAGGAAGGGGGAGCAAUGGUGAGCAUGGAAUAUGGAAUUGUAACUGGUAAAUAGUGAACAAAAAUUUCGAGGAAAUGGCCGAAAAUCAAA